AUGCGUGCAGCGUGUCUGUCUGUUGCAUGCAUGUCGUGUAUGAAAGUCCCAGCAGUUAUCACACUGUUUGGGAGGGUUGUUGCUCUCGAUGAGCCUGGCUGGUCGGCUGGUACCGAACAGACUCGAAGGUCGUUUCGUUGGUUCAAUGAAGGAAAUGAUGAGGGUCUUGUACGGAAGCCAUUCAUUGUCGCGGCGUGGGGUUCGGAUGCUGACCGGUGUAAGGUCAGUAUGGUGGUUUAUUUCGUCACGGACGAGGAAGCUGUUCAUUGUCGCGGCGUGGGGUUCGGAUGCUGA